AUGGCUACCUUAAAACCACCCCCAGCACAACAUCGCUCCUCAUCUUCCUCACACACAUCAACUGGCCCACCAAAAGCCCCUUUAAAAGCCGACCCCUCCUCUACAAUCGCCGACACAGCGGUCUUCCAGGGAACUUACCCCGUAACCAUAGGCGCAAACACAAUAAUCCAUCCCCGAGCGCGAUUCUACGCGUACGAAGGUCCAAUCUACAUCGGAGAUGGGUGCAUAAUCAGCGAAAAGGCCACAAUAGGCGCAGCACCAACUAAAUCCCGCUCACGCUCACGCUCGCCAUCCCCAUCCCCAUCGUCAUCAACAUCACCAUCACCUUCACAGAGCGGCGAGAGCACACCGACAGAAAGCCAAAACCAACCCACACAAGAACUCACAACAAGACUCUCCUAUUUCGUUAUAAUAGGUCCACAAACUACAGUUCUACCUGGGGCGCAUAUACAUUCCUCUACGCAUGUUGAGGCUUUAUGUAUAAUACACCGACGCGCGGAUGUUGGGUCCCAUGUUAAAAUUUGUUCUGGGUGCGAGGUUCCGGAGUCUGGGAGCGUGCCGGAGUGGAUGGUUGUUUGGGGUUCUGGGCUCGGUCAGAGACGGAGACGAGUGAAGGAGGCCAAGAUGCCUGGUUUGGCUGUUUUGGUUGCGAGUCAGGUUGCGUUGAAUCCUGUGCCUGGGGCUGCGCCGGAGGGGAAGGUCAUUGAGGAUGCGAGAUUGAUGGUUUUGCAGAAGGAGAGAGAGGCGCUUGCGAGGAUGAUUGUGCCUGCUGGUGUGGUGAGGAAGAAGUAA